GCCCGCUUAGCUCAGAGGUUAGAGCAUCGCAUUUGUAAUGCGAUGGUCAUCGGUUCGAUUCCGAUAGCCGGCU